AUGGAGGUCCAAAAGUUUUUAAAAUUUUGUUCUUGGAACAUUGAGGGUCUUUCUGGAAAGUUACAUGAUGAAGAUUUCUUGUCUAUAAUUAAUUCGUUUGAUUGUAUUUCACUAGUCGAAAGUUGGUUAAGCGAUGCUAGUGUCGUGAAUUUACCAGGUUUUUAUUCUUUUUCAAAAUUGAGGCAAAAAUCUGAAAGAGCUAAUAGGAAUUCAGGCGGUAUUACCGUGUUGAUAAAAUCCGAGCUAAGAAAAGGGGUUAAGUUUUUGGAAAAGGAAAGUAGUGAGGAGUUUGUAUGGUGGAAAUUGGAGAAAGAUUUUUUUCAUACGAAGCAAGAUUUGUAUGUUUGCAGUGUAUAUAUUCCUCCACAGAACUCUCCUAGAGAACAGAGAUUAGACUGUGACCAUUUUGAGUUAUUACAAGAAAAUAUUUAUAAGUUUUCAAAAUCAGGAAACAUUAUUUUAUGUGGGGAUUUCAAUGCCAGAUUAGGUACUUUAGACGACUAUGUGCAUGAAAUGGAAGGGGUAACCUUUCCAACGACAGUUCUUACUGGCUCAAUUGAACCACGUAAGUCAAGGGACAUUCAUAUUAAUACGUAUGGAAAAUCAUUAGCUGAGUUAUGUUGUGGGAAUGAGUUAAUUAUUUUAAACGGCAGGACGAAAGGAGAUUAUAUAGGUCAGUUUACCUGUCACACAUAUAAUGGGGCUAGUGUGGUCGACUAUACUGUGGUAUCGUCAGAGAUUUUGCAAUCAAUCAAGCAUUUUACUGUGUCAAGUAUCACAGAAUUCUCGCAUCAUUGCUUCCUUUCUUUUGCAUUAGAAGCGGAGCCUCGACUGGGAGUAGAUAAAGGAGAAACUUUACAAUUGCUCCCACUGCCUGCAUCAUUUGUUUGGAAUGACAACUUAAAAGAUACCCUUCGUGAAAAUUUUAUUAAUAGCAAUGUUUCAAGUGAGAUGAAUACUUUAUUUGAAUCGUUAAAUGAGACUGAUUCGGUAGUGAGCAAGUUUACCGACGUUAUAGUUAAUGUUUCGAGAAAUGUCGUAAAAAUUAGAAAUAGGCAAACACCAAAAAAGAAACGAAAACGCACAAUCCAAAAACAGAGAUGGUUUAACACGAGUUGUUACCUAUUAAAGAAGGAAUUAAAAAAAUUGGGUAGUUUACUCUCAAAAUACCCCAAUGAUCCUUUUUUAAGACAUAAGUUUUUUGCUACUAAAAAAGAUUAUAAGCGACUUACUAAACGGCUUAAACGAAAUUUCCAAAGCGAAUUGUUAAACAAGAUUGAACUAAUGGAGGAAAAUCAUCCGAAGGAGUUUUGGAAAUUGGUAAAUUCGAUAAAAGCAAGUAACUCGUCAGAUUCGUCAGACGAUAUAUCACCAGUAGUGUGGUAUAACUAUUUCAAAGAUUUAAAUGAAGUUAAG